GGUUUGAUACUAAGAAAAGAGUUAACAGUUUUUAACUCUUGCGUUUGAUACUAGGAGCUCCGCGAAGGAGGUCCAUUUUCCUUUCCUUCUUCUCUAUUUUUCUCUGCUCGACGGUUCCACCCGCCCACAUCCCUUCUCUCGGCUUAGCCAAGUCCGGCCUCCGCUCAUCAUCCAUGUCCGAUCAGAUUUUCCCGGCGAAAUCCUAGGUCCGCUGCCGAGCGCUAAAAUGGAAGCUUCAAAUAUCCGCUCCUAUCGCCGAACCAGGUCACUUCAUAGUAGUCCACUGCCCCAAACCUCAACAUUAAAAUUUGUUUUCUUUUUCUUUUAGACAUGGGUCCCUGUAUCUUCAUCAAUGCAAGAUUCCAUUUUCUAUCUCCACUCUUUAUGGAUUUUCUCUCUUCUGUAUUCCUUUUUUUCCCCUCAAUUCUAGUUUUCUCUCUCAUUUCAUUCUCUAUUUUCUUAUUCCCCUUUCCAACUGGCGUACCAGGCUAGUAGUUUUAUGUGUGCAUCCUUUGUGUGAAUGGUUUUUUAUUGCCUACUUCAUCAGUUCGUGUGAGCUUCACAGCCGUCACUUCACUUCUUUCAUUUUUCUUUCAUUUUAUGCAUUCCUUUUUGAAAAUAGGAAUAUUCGUCAGUGGACUUGAUCUGAGAGCUGGCUUCAACUUCACCUCUCAAACACUCCUCUAGUGUCGCUGCUCCUCAUCACGUUCAUCAAAAUGAGCGAAAUAAAUUCAUGGAAGUUAUUGAAGCAACUUGAGCAUAUAUUGGAGUCAGAUCCAUUGAUUGAUGAAAUUGGAUUUGUUCAUCCAUCUCAAUUUGAUGCUCUGAAUGAAGACGAUGGCAAUACUUCCUUGUCUCAUGAAUCUGAGCUUCAACCAUCAGACAAAACUGUCAUAUCUAGUGAUUUUUUUUGGAGCUGUAAACAUAAGUUGGGGGUCUCAACCUCCGCUCUUCUUCCACUGUACAAAGCUGCAAAAGAUGCGUUCAUGGAUUCACUGAGACAAUAUAAAAUGCAAAAUGGUAUAACUAAUGAUGAAUCUGAUGAGGGCAAUACAUCAAAGUCCCCCUCAUCAUCUUCUCUUACUGUUCUUGAGAAUGAAGUGAUGAAACAUAGCAGAGCAGUUUUGCUCCUGAGCUGUGAUUUUGGCACAGCAUGGAAUUUGAGGAAACUACUUGUUUCAAGGCGUUACAAGUACUCAAUUUUCAUAGAAGAACUGCAUAUGUCAGAUCUUGUCCUCUCAUAUUCACCUAAAAGCGAAAGAGCAUGGAGUCAUAGGAGCCUCUCAUAUUCACCUAAAAGCGAAAGAGCAUGGAGUCAUAGGAGAUGGGUGAUCAAGAUGGUUGCUGGAAAGUAUUCCAAUCUUGAAGAGAUAGUGGACAGAGAAUCAGAGUUUGUGAAAAAACUAUCUGAGAGGUCAAAAAUGAAUUACCGUGCAUGGAAUUACCGUUGCUGGUUAGUAGCCUACAUGUCUGUAGGUCAAUUGCGUGGUGAGUUAAAUAAGUCUCAAGAGUGGGCUGGACUUCAUGUUGCUGACAACUCUUGCUUUCAUUAUCGUGCUUGCUUAAUGCUCAGGAUAUUAGAAGCUUUUCUUAACAAAGAUCAAACUGUAUGCUCCAGUGAAGAACUUCAUGUGACAUGGAAGGAGGAGCUUGACUGGGUUGAGAAGUUGAUAAAACUACAUGUGGGUAGAGAGGCUUUGUGGCUUCACCGUCGCUUUCUCGCAUCAUCCUGGGUAAAAUAUUUUGCUGCUUCUAUGAUGGGUACUUGUGAUAUUGACAAGUUCAUAGAUAAUGAAUUACAACUAUUCAAUUCCUGUGCAACAAUAAUUGAUUGUAACUUCGAGGACUACCGAUCUCAGGCAACAUAUGCUGCUACUUAUAUUAUGUGGCUCCAGAAGCAAAUCCUGGUGGAGCCUCUGGGAGUCGAGUGUCACAGGAAGCUGCGAGUGAGUGGGCUGAAGUCAUUGUUAAAUAAUGCAUGCCCAGAGAAGGCUUUCCUUUGGGGGUCAUUGCUUGAUGUGUGUGGAUUUGAAUGAUUAGCUCCCAACCAUGCCCUAUUAAACGCAUCUUAUCUCUACCUUUUGAUUUCACCUCAACCGGUUGAAGGUGUCAGGUAAUUGCUUAGGCGGUCCAAGGUGCACUGAACCACGGGUCAAGAUGAACUGAGGAGGUCCAGGGUGCUUCACGCUUUUUUUUUUUUUAAUGUACUACGUACAUAGUAAAAUAAUAUAGCAUGUAAAUGCUAUUUUCAUGUUUUGUACCAUUGGGUUGAUGACAACUCUUGCGUUAGCUCACAAUGUUUGACCUCAUACUAAUUUGAAAUGAAUACUUGUAUAUAUAAAUUUGGUUGUAUUAAGAGACAUUAAA